AUGGAGGCAGCGAUCUGGGCUGGCAAGUCUAUUGAAGAGAUGAUCAAAGGAAGAGCCGUCAACAAAGUUGAGGUUGGCGAAAAGAGAAAGUUUGAGGGAUCUGCAAGGUCCAAUAAGAAAAUCAAGUCUGGUUCAAGGAAGUUUGGAGGAGGAGGAAGCAAAGCUAAGUGUUGUGAGAUGUGGAAAAAGAAACACUUCGAGAAAUGUAGCGAGGAGGUGACCUGCUACAGAUGCGGAAAGACAUGGCAUUACGCCAACGAGUGCACCACAAACAAAAGGGUGUGCUAUGGUUAUAACGAGGAAGGGCACAUUUCGAAAUACUUCCCGAAGAAAAAGGAGGUAGCAGAGCCCAAUGUUCCGCCAAAGCCGAAGCCAAGAGCAUUUCAAAUGACCAUGGAAGCCAAAAAGGAUGUUGCAGAUGUCGCUUCAGGUACCUUUCUUGUAAAUGGAUUGGCUGUCAAUAUACUGUUUGAUUCGGGAGCAAAUUACUCCUUUGUAUCACAUAGAUUUGGUGGAAGACUAGCAGUGCUUAUAGAAAAACUUGAGAAUGCUCUAGUGGUAGAAGUUGUUAGUGGCAAAUUCAUACCUGUUAGCGAUUACAUUAAGAACGUCGUCAUCGACUUAAACGGAAACGAAUUCCAUAAAGAGUUGUUAACCAUUGAGUUGAAUGGUUUUGUCAUCAUUCUGGGAAUGGAUUGGCUUAGCGCCAUUGAUGCCGAAAUACUAUGCAAGAAAAAGAUAGUAAGAGUAAACCCACUAGGGAAAGAGUCAUUUAUGGUGUACGAGGACAAAUGCAAAGUGAAUUCUGAAAUCAUUUCCCUAAAAUCCAGAUAA